AUGGGCUGCGGUGGUGAUCCCCCAGCACCAUCGCGUCCCACACCCAAGGUCACCGAGGGCGGCACCGGCACCGGGAGGGCGGCGUCUCGGCUUCUUUCCACGAGGUCGUUCCCGAGCCUCUUCACGGACUCCGCCAUGAGCGCCGCUUCCGUGGCCGAGCUGUCCAGGAACGCUCCCUGCUCCUCCGGCGGAAGAAACGGCAGCGCCCGGUCCGGUGGCAUCGGGGCAGCGCGGCCGCCGCGGGACUGGCGGGCGUGCUGGUGGCCGAGGAGGAGGCCGACCGGGGGUCCUGCAAGAACAGCCGCAGGGUGCUCCUCGGGAUGCGGCUCAGGGUGCAGCUGCCACCGCCGCCGUCCGCGGUCGCCGCUGUCGUCGUCGGCGGCGAGGCUGGCGCGGAGGAGCGAGGUGGAGGAGCUCGCCAGGGAGGACUACACCUGCGUCAUCGCCCGCGGGCCCAACCCCAAGAUGACGCACAUCUUCGAGGACCGCGUCGUCGAGAGCCGCGCCGACGCCGGCGCCGGUGGUGGCGGCGCCGACGCCUGCUGCUUCCUCUCAAGCUCUUGCUUUGUGUGCAACAAGGAUGCUGCUCUCUUGCUGAAAAGUGAUAAUGGAAAUGCUUUUGAAGUAGGAUACAAGAUAAGAUCAUGGUCAUAUUCUAUUGUCAACCUUCUUAGUCUAACAGCGACGGCUUUGGCCGCGACCGCAUUGUUCAUGGUCUAUUGCCACUCACUCCAGCAACAUCUCAUUUUCAUCUGGCCUGAAAGCAACAUGAUUCCUGCAAAUAGUUUAAGCUUCAGCUUGGGAGCUCUACCUUGUAAAGUAUUUGCAGCAGGUAGCCUGUAA